AUGCCAGACAAGUCCAAGAGUACUCAAAGCACGAGAGGAAGGUCAAAAUCGAAAGCUCCAAAGGGGAAAAAGGGCUCGAAGUCGAAAUCAAAAGGGCGAAGUAAAUCCAAAAAAUCGAAAAAGGCAGAGAAAGUCCCGAUAGACAUAAACUCUGACGCGGCAAGAGAAAACCUUGUUUGCAUCGCGCAUAAUAUCCAAGAUGCGUAUUUACACCGAGGGAUCGCAUGGAAACCCAAAAAGAAAAAGGGGAAAAAGGGAAAAGGGAAGAAAAAGAAGAAAUAG